UUCGGUUCAUUGUGUUGUGAACAAUACUUCGUCUCUGGAUGGCUUGGAAAUCUACACGUAAUUCUUACGGGGUAAAACUGAGGGUGAGCGGAGGUAAUUGACCUCGCUGUGCCGUGACCGAACACAGGCUUUCGGUGUGUGGUUUGGCGGGACACAUACGGUAUGAGUUGGGGGUCUAUGUGGGUCAAAUGUACGGAUUAUAUGUGCGACUGAAAGUAGAAUCGACUCCGAGGAAAAUUCGGGGGAAAAUGACUAAGUUGGAAGUGUGCUUUGGAAGUUGCGGUUCAAGGGAAUGUUGCAACGGGGUCGACGUGGAAUGCAAUGCGCUGUGUACAAUCCGCAUAAUCUACCUGUAGAUGAUCAUUGGGCGCUCCCAGUGGGGCCUUUAUCUGGGUGCCAUGAACAUGUUGUCUGCAGCACAAAGGUGUCGCUGUCAGUCGAAAUGGGAACAUAUUGUUCGUCUGACUGCCAGCUCUUUUUUCUCAGCGAUGGAGGGCAGUCCACGACGUUAUCUCACUGGGAAAGCAGUCUGCAAUCACUACAAUCAACCCCUGAGUGGGAAUGAAAUCCCGCGAUCUGGGGGAAUAGCAACUAUGUUCAGGCUUCCAUAUCAGAAGACUGCCGAAGGACUUGACGCAUGUUUUGUGGGUAUUCCGUUGGAUACCGGAACCUCAAACAGAUCAGGGGCCAGACUCGGCCCGAGGCAGAUCAGGACCGAGUCAUGUCUGAUACGACUUUACAACAGCCUCGGUGCAGCGCCUUUCGAGAGCAUACAAGUUGCCGACAUCGGAGACGUCAACAUCAACCUGUAUGACCUCAAGAAGGCUGUACGCAUGAUCAAGGAAGCCUACUCCAAGAUCGUCGCCACUGGCUGCAAGCCGUUAACUCUUGGCGGUGACCACACCCUGUCAUACCCAGUACUUCAGGCUGUGAAGGAGAAGCAUGGCACCGUGGGGCUGGUCCACAUAGAUGCCCACGGUGACACAUCGGAUGAAAUGCUAGGGGAGAAGAUAGCUCACGGCACUCCCUUCCACCGAGCCAUCGAGGAGGAGCUUCUCGAUCCCAGAAAGAUGGUCCAGAUUGGUUUACGGGGGCCUCAACAUACUUAUGACGACACAGAGUGGCAGAAGAACCAAGGAGUGUGGGUGGUUCGGAUGGAGGAGUGUCACCACAAGUCGCUCCUUCCGCUCAUGUCAGAGGUCAGGCAAAUGAUGGGGGACACCCCUGUUUACAUCAGCUUUGAUAUCGAUGGAAUAGAUCCAGGUUUUGCUCCAGGAACAGGAACCCCCGAAGUGGGCGGUUUGACCCCAAUACAGGGAAUGGAGAUCAUCCGCGGCUGUCGUGGGCUGAACAUCAUUGGUGGAGAUCUGGUCGAGGUGUCGCCUCCCUAUGACCCGUUUGGUACUACCGCGUUGCUGGGUGCCAACCUGCUGUUUGAGAUGUUGUGUGUGCUCCCCGGCGUGAAGUACCCAUCUGAGUAACCUUCCUGGGUAACUUUUUGUGUCUGUUCAGCUAACCUAUUUUAAAAAGAGGCUGGGUUCGUAUAUGACAGCAAUUUUGCACUCCCUGUUGCUUCUGUUCAUUGCCAAUAGAGGGUGAUGUUGUUUUCAAAAGGCUUGAGAUAUACCCGUGUUGCCAAGUUUUUAACACAAGUACUCCCUCUACCUUAGUGUAACAGUUUAAAUUGUUGAAUGUUGUUGCAUCAUGAAAUGAGGCAAGUUUACUUGUAAUUUUCGCAAAGAUACUUUAAAGUCUUGCAAAUGAUAAAAUUGCCAAGAGUCCUGAUCGAGUUGAGUCUAUUAUUUGUAUCUAUAGGGCCGUAUAUAAGAUGGUGAAGCCAAAGAUUUUUCUUUCAAGUUGAUGAUCACAUCUUGGCUUUAUACUUGAAAUUUUCUGGGCUUGGCAGUAUUUCAUCUUGGGAUAAUAAUACGUAUUUUUUUUUAAUCCAAAAACUCAGUAAAGCUUAACAAUCGUCUUUUUAAUGUGGGAAACUGCCUUAUUUCAUAGGACAGACAGCCAGUCUUUUUCCAAACCCAAAUUUAUUUUCUAAGCUAGGUAGCCAGUUUAUGUGUCAUUUCGUUUUGCCUCCGAAAAGUAUACUUUAGCAACUCAUCACUGCCUAAAGAAAUGUAAACAUUGUAUUUAUGCCAAACAAAAAUAGGGCACCAAUUGUAUUCUUUUAAGGCAGUAACCUGCUGAAAAAUGAAUAAAUAUUGCUUAAGGAGAUAUAACUUUCCCAUUUAAA